AAUACCUAUCCCAACUGAAGGUGAAGAAAUCGUCUAUCGUUUAUCGAAACUAUCUACGACGCGUUAUUGUCAAGAAAUCUUUUCCCAUGGAAAAAACAAUUCAUGUAAUAAAACAAUGUCCACCUCAGAUGGGAAACGAGGAACCAAGCGCAAAGUGGAAUCAAUGUAUCCGGUCUCGUUUGCAGAGUUCAAAAAUAUGGUGACCAAUCUGCCGGAUAUCUGCUUUGAACUGCAAAGCGAAAAAGGCGCCAUAACGCUGGACGAUUGCGCUAUGUUUUUCUAUAAACAAUUUUACGAGAAUCCCAGCAUUCGGGAGAAAUAUCCCGUUUAUAUUAAGCCUUGCCCACGGCAUAAAAAAAUGAAGUUCUUCAGCAUACCAACAGUACCUGAAUCAGGAGCCCCGCCGUCCAAAGUAAAGGCUCGGGAAACCUCCAACGCAUCUACAAGAACCGUUUGUGAGGAAGCUCCACCUUGGAUGGUGUCUUUACCAGCUCCGGAAACCUCCAGCGCAACUACAGAAACCGUUUGUGAAAGAUCCCCGCCCUUGAUAGAGGCCUUACCAGCUCCGGCCUCCAGAUCAGCUAAAAGCAUGGCCUUGCCUGAGAUGGUGGCCUUGCCAGGCUGCGCAGGUGCCGUAUCGGAAACCACUGAUGGUCCAGCUUCCAAGAAUGCCACGAGAACAAGGUCCCCAUCUAUGGAGUCCAUAAAUUUUGAUGAGUUUGCUGAAGACGUCCUAGUCAAUAUUAGAAACGCGGGAAAAUUCAUAUUUCCGAUGCCUCGAAAUCUAUUUAUGAAGUACUUGAACAAGGAAACUGUUUUGAAUGCAUGCAUUCCUAACAAAGUAAAAGAAACUAUGCCAGUAGCCGAGCAGCUCUUAACAGUGUACAACGAAUUCUACAUAUUUCCUUUUAAACGAAAAGAAGUUGAAUAUUUUGUUGGACUUCCGAAAGAUUUAAAGAAGCAUAUCUUUAGAUAUGGCAAGCCAAGAGACCUUAACGCAGAAACUACAGUACAAACAUCGUGCCCCAUCGUUCCAUUUACAGUCUUUGAGGAUCACAUUUUCAACUUAAAUGACAUUGUGGCAAGAAUACAAUCUGAAGAUAGGUCUGGCAAAAGCUGGAAGUGGGCAGAGUACUCCCAAGCCUACUACUUUGCCUUUUACCUAAACGUUAAGAUAAGGGAAAAGUACAACUUCGAAAUUAAAGACUGUCCUAAGCGGAUGAAGGAUCGUCUUCUACGAAUACCUAACAAAGCGACUGCCGAGUUUUUAAGGAAACGCAUGCCUCAGAAUCUCCCUCAAAUUAAUCCUAAUGUUUCCACAACUCCCUUGCCGGAGCACUUACAGGAACCAGCAAAAAAAGAUAUCGCGGAUAAACAAAUUACAUUUGGGCUUUUUAAGCGUUUCAUAAAAAACCUGGACGAAGUUGUUCUGCAAAUGCAGGCGUGUGAAAAAUACAAAAAUAAAUCGGAAAAGGAAUGCGCUAAAAUAAUGUAUAAGGAAUUGUAUUCAAACCCAGAGUUUCACAAAACUUUCGAAUGCAAAUGGAAGCCAUGCCCGGCUAGAAUAAGCAAAAUUCUUCUGAGCUUUUCAAAAAGUAUACCUCGCCAGUCAGAGAAAGAAAUGGAUGCAGCUCCUGUUAAAAAUGGCAUACAAAUUUUGGAGGAAUUGGAAUUAGAUCCAAUACCUGGAAAUGUUCUUGAAAAAUGGGUCAAUAAUUGUGAGCUAACGAAAGGCAAAGCUCCUGCAAAGGAAAAUGAAAGUUGGGCGAAACUAAAAAUACCUAAAACAAUAACAUUUAGCUUGUUCGCUCGAUUAAUUCAAAACCUGGAUAGUAUAAUCUUACAAAUGAAGCAAUCUGCAAGAUACAAGAACACAUCGGAUGUGGAGUGCGCCAAAAAGUUUUACAAAAGCUAUUUUUCAUGUCCCAAAUUUCGAAAACUAUUCGUUUGCAAAUGGAAACCGUGUCCUGGGAAGAUACGCGAGUUGCUAAGUCGGUAUGAGGAGGAGGGAAAAGAGAACCGCCCAGAAACAAAUAAUAAUAAUUUGGACUAUGAUGUCGUGGAGGACUUAGGAUUUGGUUUGUUUAAAAUGCCUGUUUCGUUUGAUAAAUUCUGCCACUGCAUUAACAUCGAUGAUAUCGUGGCGAAAUUGAUGAAAACCAGUGAUAAAAAAGUGAUACGUGCAGACUUAAAUAAGUACACUUCGCACUGCACCGAUAUAUAUACCCAAUUCUUCCUGUUUCCCCAUUAUCGACAAAAAAUUUCCUAUCAAGUUAAGACAACAGAUGCCCAGUUUCGAAAACAAUUGGAGAAGUAUGCUGUUCCCAUGGAUGAGAAAGCCAAGAGUUCCAUGGCCAAACAUUCCCUAAAAUCCCACUUGGUUAACCUAAAGGGUGUCGUCUACAAGUUUCCCGUACCAUUGGAAACAUUUAUCCAAUAUGUCAGUAACGACUUGUUAGUGUCGCUCAUAAAAGACGCUGCGCCAACUGCGAGCUCCAAGAGAGUGGCUGAAAUUCAAGGCGACCAGCGAAGAUGCAAUCGCUUGCUGCGUGGAUUCUACCACAGUUUCUACACAUCUCGCGAAGAGAGGGAUAGGUUCCUCUGGUCCUUCAAUGAUGCUCCACCGGAAGUCCUAGAAAAGAUGCACGAGUACGCUGUGCCCAUAUUCUGCCAGGCUGAGGAUGUUCCAAUCGAAAGGGUAGUGGAACAAAUAAAUCAUUCGGACUUACAGCGCAACCCACCCAUAUCAUAUCAAAUAUUUGAAUUUUUCGUCGACUUGGAGGUUGUGAUUAAAAAAAUGGAGGAGGACCCGGCUUACGCUCAUGAGACCGAUGAUAAGUGCAAAAAGAUAUUCUACAGAGAAUUUUACAACAAUCCAAGAGUACGAUUGAAAUAUCCAUAUCAGAUAAAGCCCUGCCCGAUAGAUCUAAUAAAAAAAAUAUUAAUGAUUCCUGAACCGAAUAAGAUCUCUUCAUCGCAAGCCAGGAAUUCGUCAGAUUUAAAGGCACUUUAUGCUGCCAGAAGGAUGGAAUUGUAUUCGAAAACUUUGGAGAAUGUUCGUUAUAACCUGAGUGCACAUGUACUACAUGGAAAUUAUCAUAUCCCCGAUAAACCCAGUUCGGUUUCAAAUGAAGCAGAUGAACCUUUCCCAGAAGAUAAUGGCCUGUCAGAACCUCCAGCGAGCCCAACGAACUCUGGUCAGGAUCCUUCUGCCAGGGAAGAAAUAGAAAUGGAAGUUUCACCAAAAAUUGAUCCUGUCGGAGAAGCUCUGUUGAAGGAAGCUAAAGAAACAUUCUUCGCCGAGAGUAACCUGGAGCACAACCUGCGGUACUUGAUCUGCACGACCAUUGGACUUAAGAGACACAUGUGGCGCUUACUCUAUCAGUUAACUCUGGAGGAAUUUCGCAGCUACACAAACAUCCAUGGUGGAGAGCUCUUGUAUACUAGCGAAAUGGACUUGAAACAAUGCUAUGAGCAUGUUGUAAUCAUGGGAAACUGGCCACUUAAUCUUUAUGUCAGUCUUUCCAAGUUGAGGCACUUGCUGCACAGCAAAGGAGUGGCGAUGGAGACAUUGGACCUCAGCCAGAUAUCCCCAAAGAUAAUGCACUGGAACGAGUUGGUUCAGCACACAGAUUUCGAUCAAAUCGUUGAGCUACAAUACACCGACCGGACGGGCAAGAAGUUUUCGGAUCAGAAAACGCUGUGGCAGGAGCGUAAGCAGUUCUAUGCAGACUGCUGGCGACAUGAUGAAUGGAUCUACCAAGUCCCCAAGAUAUCGGACGGGCGACUCAACGAGAUGCCUUUGGGAGACAUCCCUCCUUCAGUUGAUUUUGUUUGGAGACCUGUUUUUGGCUGCGAAAAUGCCGCCACUUCUGCUUCAGACACAAGGGAGGGUGAUAAGGUGACUAGCCCUGGAAAUAAGGAAACACUCAUUGCUCCUCUCAAUCAAAUAGCACUCUCUGAAGACCAUACGUAUAGCAAACAAAAUGCUUCAAACUCUGGGGAAAUGGACAAUGAAUGUGCUUCCACACAGAUAGACAAUAACUCGGGUGCCGAUACGGAAAGUGAACCCUAUUCACUUUAUAGUGUUUGUAGUUCUGAAACUACGGUAGUUGAACAAUAUCCUCCAGUUACAACUCCCUCUGAGACUAAUACACCUCAAUUGGACCCAGUGGUUGAACCACCAAUGAUUGAAAUUCCAGCUGAAGUUCUAGUAGUACCAGAACCAGAAAGAACAGAAGCCCAAGAAACAGAACCUACGGCCAGUGCUUUAAAUGAAUCAAACUUUGUGGAUGUCAACAGUGUAUGCCCAGCCACCCAAAUGGAUCCAGAGUUCAUCGAUCCACUGAUCAAGCAAGAGCCCAUACACUUUCUUAACAAUCUACGAGCCGCAUUUAGCGACAAUUCCGUCAGUGAAUGUCAAUGGGAAUCGAUUUCCUCUGAGCAAAUAAUCUGCUUGGACAGCGACGAAGAAGUGGACCUAGCUUGUUUUGCAAUCCCGACAAGCGCCAAUACUCCAAAUCCUUCUUCUGUUGAUCCAACAGAGGGAAGGAAAAAUGAAGAAGUAUUAGCCCAAAAAGAUGCUUUUGUGACUCGCAGGAAAAGAGUUCCGAAGAAUAAUCAACAGCCUGCCAAGCGUCCGCGACUCGCCAAAGAUAAUGUGCCGCAACUUAGGCAUGGCUUUAGACCGCUACCACUUUCCACAACAGAUCGCACGGAAACUGUAGCCUCAGGAGACCCAGAGGCAGUAAAUAGCACUCCCUUAGAGCAAGCUCCUCCACCACUACCACUGCAGAUAGCGCUUGUCCCAGAGGAUCAGCGGACGCCGGCUUCACAGGAAGGAAAUGUGACUCAGACGGCACCGCGUAUUACCGCCUCGCAGGACUUUGCCAUGGGCAACUCUUUCUUUGAAUCAUCGCAGAUGCAAAGGCUUAUGAAUAACAUCACCGUUCGCAAGGUAAUUGCAGAAAAUAGUAACACUGAUACUGUUGUUAGUGGCCCACAGCCUGUUGACGCUACGAGUCUAUGGAGUCAUGUGGUUUUCCGGCAGCUAGAGCUCUACCGAUUCUUUGAAUCGCUCACACUCGAAGAUAUUAUAAACAAACAGAUAGAGGGCUACAUGGUGGGUGCCACCUACCAGGAAGCACUCUUCAAGUUUGACAAGCGGGUGAGCCAUGCACGCGGUCCCAUUCUGGAGACACUCUUUCCCCAACUGUCGACGAUGUUGCAGGGCGAUGUGCGACAUGUCCUGCGGGAUAUGAAACAUUUUGAGUACAACUCCCGGUAUCCUGGGUUCAAAAAUCCAAACUUAGAUCUCCGGGAACGUGUAUUGUCCCUUUUGAUGGACGUGGCUCCCAGUUUCGGAAUGUUUCACUUCCAGUUCGAUAAUGCCAGCCGGGUGUGGGCGACAUGCAGCAAGGAUGGUCGGGGGGAUGUAGAUCCUGUUAAGCGAAGAAGCGAGUUUAGUGUCACAGAUAUUAUUUCUCCAGAUGUCCUGGAAGGAAUGAGAGAGCUCAACGAUCCGGAUUUCAUUUUAUAAUAUCAUUUUUUGUUUAAUAUUAAAAAGAGUAUUUAUAUUUAUAUACAU